AUGGCAUCAUGCCUUUACGAAUGCCUUUGUGAAGCAGAACUUGAAAAAUACUAUCCCCACUUGGCUGCCUUUGGUGUUGAGACAAUUGAUGAGCUUGCCGAGGUUGCCCUGGAAGAUUACUCCAAACUGGGGGUCCAUGACAUAAAUGACCGCAAACGUCUUUUCCACCUCAUUAGAAUAAUCAAAUACACACAAGAAGAAGGCGCUGCAAACUUAAGCAAGCAGGAUUUUCAACCACAUGGCCUUUUCAUUCAGCCUCAGGUGACCAAGUCAGGACCCUGCAGACAGCUGCGUUUCGAGUCCUUUUGUGGAGAAAAUGAUGGAACAGUUAAAGACUCUGAACCAGAGUUGUAUCAGUCAUCUGAUUUCAGUGCCAGUCAAGAGAAGGACAGUGUGGGGGAAAUGCUGGGACACAUCCCACCACACAAUCCAGAACCGAUCAGAUUAACUAGAAGAGACCUAAAUAUUGCUGGAAUAGGUACAAAAAAUGACCUGAGCUGUCCAACAGUUUCUGAUGAUAUUGCUCCUCUCCUGGGCGAUUCUGAAGUUCCUAUUGUACAAAGAGUAACUCAUAUUUCAGGGUAUAAUUAUGGACUACCUCAUUCCUGUAUCAGAUCCAAUACUUUCGACAAAGAGACUCCAUGGACAGAGAGUGACAAAAUCAGAGUGUGUGUCCGAAAACGUCCUCUCUGCCUGAGGGAGGAGAGACGUGGGGAGGCAAAUAUAAUCACAGUGAAAGAUCAGGAAACCCUACUUCUGCACGAGAGGAAGGAGGCAGUUGAUCUUACACAAUACAUUUUACAGCAUGUUUUUUGUUUUGAUGAAGUCUUCGAGGAGUCAUGUACCAACCAGGAUGUGUACAUGAAGACAGCUUAUCCUCUCAUUCAGCAUAUUUUUAACGGAGGCAAUGCAACUUGCUUUGCGUACGGGCAGACUGGUGCUGGCAAGACUUACACCAUGAUAGGGAAUCACCGGACCCCAGGACUCUAUGCCCUGGCUGCCCAGGACAUCUUUAGGUACCUGGAAGCAUCACCAUCCAGGAAAGAGCAGGUGGUUCUGAUCAGUUUUUAUGAGAUCUACUGUGGACACCUUUAUGAUCUGCUAAAUGGAAGGCAAAGGCUUUUUGCAAGAGAAGAUGGCAAGCACGUCGUUCAGAUAGUUGGACUGAGGGAGGUUCAGGUGGAUUCUGUAGAUGAGCUGUUGGAGGUGAUUUUGAAGGGAGGAAAAGAACGUAGCACAGGAGUUACUGCUGUCAACUCAGAUUCCUCUCGGUCUCAUGCUAUCAUCCAAAUUCAAAUUAAAGACACAAGCAACAGGGCAUUUGGGAGGAUAUCAUUCAUUGACUUGGCUGGCAGUGAAAGAGCAGCUGAUGCCAAAGAAAAGGAUCGACAAACAAAAAUGGAAGGAGCAGAAAUAAACCAAAGUCUUUUGGCACUAAAGGAAUGCAUUCGGGCGUUGGAUCAGGAACAAGUGCAUACUCCUUUCCGGCAAAGCAAGUUAACUCUGGUGCUGAAAGACUCUUUCAUUGGCAAUUCCAAGACAUGUAUGAUAGCCAAUGUUUCACCAAGCAACCUAGCUGCAGAGCACACCCUGAACACUCUGCGAUAUGCUGACAGGGUCAAAGAGCUGAGGAGAGGGAUUAGAUACCCUGCCCCUGUCACAAAAAGGCGUCGUAAAGCUGGAACUGUAUCUCCAAGGCUUAUCCCAGGCUCUCCCUUUUUGCCACCUGGGGAAAAGAGUUCUCCAAAGAAAGUGAAGCUAGGCCUACAGCAUCCCUCAAGUGCUGCAAAACCAAAGGCAUAUCCUGCAACACUCCAGCCACCUGGUGUCCCUCUUACCUCUACCCCCAAGGGAACUGGCAAAGGACAUGCCUACAUAGAAGAUACCAGCACUCCCUGCUUCCACCACACCACCCCAGUUAAGGGAGUCCUAGAAAUAACACAUCCCCUGAAGAAAAGUUACCUAUCCCCCCUCCCUGAAAAGAGUUCCUCAGUGGAGGAUUUCAUUGCCAAAGAAGAGAGUGGCCAGCAAGACAAGUAUAUGCAAAACAGAACACCUGUCCAGUGCCUGAAAAUUCAGACAGUGCAACCUCUUCAGAAACAAUUUGUUCCUAAUGACGAUAAUUCCUCUGGAGAUGGCAAUCUCCAAAGCGAACAGGAAUGGGGAAAUACUUUUGCUAAACAGUCUGUUGAACCGUGGACAUAUCUGCCUCCAUAUCAGAAGGAAAGGGAAGAGCAUUUACGUCUUUAUCACCAGCAGUUUCAGCAACCCCCUAUUCUAAAGCAAAAAUUGAACUAUCAGCCCCUUGAAAGGUUUUUAAUGCAGUACAAGCCUGAGGAGAUUCAAUUGAAGCAGGAGCUGAGCCUACCUCCAACUGAAGGGCAGAGCAAAGAGUGGAUACAGCAGGAAGAUCUGGAUGACAGUGAUUUCAGUGAAGAUUCUUUCUCACCUGUCUGUAGUCAAAAGAGUGUGAAAAGAGAAAAUAGCAGCAAAUCCAGUCAACAUUCAUUUUUCCUUCAUGAAAGAGAGCAAGGAACCGAAGAGGAGCAAAAAGGCCAAAAGCGGCAGGAUUUAUUUUUUAAAUAUUCAAUACCCACGGAAGAUCACAGAUUAGAUGACAGCUGGGAUUGUAGUGAGGGCCGCUCAGCAGUAGAGGAACCCAUUAAAAAUGCAGGCUGCAGCAAAACUCCUGCAGACUGGAGCUAUGACUUAGCUGAAUUCCCUCCCAGCAAUACUGCAGAAAAACCUUACUGUCUGCAGGAAGAUCCUGCUUGCAGCUGGAGAAAUGGCAAGGACUUCCUAGCUGAUCACAAAGAGAACAAGUCCAAACACAAACGUCUUGUUUACUCCAGUGAAGCCACCUUAACUCCAGAAACAGAUGCUUCAACCCCGUGUGUAUCUCCUGUAUUGAAAUCAGGAACUCCAGAGUGCAAAGAGUUUGAUCUCCAGCAUGAGGAGAAGGAAGAAUCCACGUUGGCUAAAAAGGCUACUCUUGUAGGAGGAGAUGUAAAUUGGAAAGCUCAAAAAAAUGGAGUCAGCCACUACGUUUCCUCCAGUUGUUCCUCAGACUUCACCUCUGAGCUCAUGACCCUGCCCCAGGUGUCAUCUCUUGAUGGUGAGGACACAACUAAAACAGAGAAAGCAACUUCCAACCAAGAGCAGCCCCACAGCGAGAAGCAGGUGCCAGACAGUGACACCCAGACCAGCUUUGAGGACGAGGGCUGGCAGUGCACCAGGAGCAGAUCCAUGACUGACAGCAUGCUGGAACUGGCGGAGCAGCCCGGCCACGGGGAAAGGCUCUGUGCCCUGCUGGGCUCCUGUCAAGCCAAGAACAAGAACCUCCCACCCACCUGUGGCCGUGUGAAGCCGUGCUGCUGCCACCUGCGAUCAGUUUUGUCCAAGCAGGGGGUCCGGCGCAGUUUGUUUCUUGAACGUGACCCGACAGAAACAUCCACAGCUGGAUCCCCAGCUGGAUCCGCCGUCCCCGGGCCAGAGACCCCCUCUCAGGAGAGCAGCCGGCUGCAGCAGCCCAAGCCAGGAGCGAGGAAUGAGGACCUCACCCAUUUUGAAGACCCUGCCAAGUCAUCGUUCAGCAAUAAGGAGACAGGGUUGCUUAAAAACAAGUCAAAGCAGAGUAUUUUUACACAGGAGACUUUUGCUGCAGAUGCAGGAUUUGCAACCAAAGAUAAUAAGCCAAUAGUAAAUGCAAAAUGCCCCUCACAGCUGUCCAGCACCUGUUCUCCACGUGCUGCAUCAGAGAUGGGGAAACGGCAGAGGGAAGCCCUAGAAAAGGCACAAAAGGCUCUAAUUCGUGCUCAUCAGCAGCAGCUGGAUGAACUGGCACACCUGUGCUUCAAAGAGGAGUGCUUGAUAAAUCAGAUGUCAGCAAUGGAUUUUCAGAAUUUCAUGGCCACGCUGGAUGAAAUCUUGGUGCUGAAGUCAAAGUGUGUCCAAACAAUGCGAGCCCAGCUUCAGCUGUGUUCAGCCUCCCCUGGCACUGACAAACCACUGCAAACACGUCCAUCCAUUUAG